AUGGUCCUCGAAGCGAUCCGCUACAAGCCUGGAAGCUUGCACAUCCUCAACCAGCUCAAACUACCUCACCAGGAAGAAUACGAUGAGAUCCGAUCUGCUGAAGAUGGCUGGCAUGCGAUCAAGGACAUGCGAACUCGUGGAGCUCCCGCCAUCGCUAUAGUUGCCGCUCUUUCUCUCGCCGUGGAGUUGACGAAUAACAAUACCUCCGACAAGGCAGACGAAGUGGCCGCGUUCAUCCUCGAGAAGUUGGAUUACCUCGUCACCAGCAGACCAACAGCUGUCAAUCUCGCCGAUGCCGCGGGCAAGCUCAAGAAGAUCGUGGAGACCGCUGCCAAGGCCAAUGAUAGUGAUGGAGCUUCGGUCUCGAAAGCGUACUGCGAUGCUGCUGCUCAGAUGCUGAUUGCGGAUGUUGCGGACAAUCAAGGCAUUGGGAAAUAUGGUGCCGAGUGGAUUUCAAAGGCAGCAGGUGGUGGUCAAGUCAGCGUGCUCACUCACUGCAAUACUGGAUCACUUGCUACUGCCGGCUAUGGCACUGCGUUGGGAGUAAUUCGCUCACUACAUGCCAACGGAUCACUCAAGCAUGCCUUCUGCACGGAGACUCGGCCUUACAAUCAGGGAUCAAGGCUGACGGCCUUUGAGCUUGUUCACGACAAGAUCCCUGCAACACUCGUGACCGACUCCAUGGCUUCCGCUUUGUUGAGAUUGAAAGGACCUUCGGAACGCAUUGCAGCCAUUGUUGUUGGUGCAGACCGUGUUGCCGCUAAUGGAGAUACUGCCAACAAGAUUGGCACCUACCAGCUUGCCGUCACAGCCAAAUACCAUGGCGUCAAGUUCCUCGUUGCAGCGCCACGAACGACAAUCGACCUCAAGAGCAAGUCAGGUGCAGAUAUUGUCAUCGAAGAACGGCCGGGCAAGGAGAUGACUUUUUUGAAAGGACCUCGCUUCGAUGGUGUUGACCUCGAUCUGAGCCAGGUUGAGACCAUCAGCAUUGCGGCGAAGGGCAUUGAUGUGUGGAAUCCUUCGUUCGAUGUGACGCCUGCAGAGCUCAUCGAUGGGAUCAUCACUGAGAUUGGUGUGUUUGAGAAGGGUGCGAACGGCUCGUUUGAUCUCACAGCUGCGUUGGAGGCGCAUAAUGAGGGCAUCAAGCCGAAGACCGUGGGCGGUCUCUGA